CUAAGGAAUCUCCUCCUGAAAUCAUUGUUGCACUAGAUGCUAACUAACUUGGAUGUAAAUUUUAAAAAAUAAUAAAAUUUAAAAAGAAAAAGCUGGUGGGGGAGGGGAACUCCUCCUCUUCCCUGAGAAAUUGCUUUUCACAACUUGUCACAGGCUUGUCACAGUAUGACCACAGAGCUGAUAUGAAGAUGUUGGAAGAAAAUGAAAUAUUACUUAUCUGUAUUGUGAGCUGGAGAAGAAAGUAGAGAGUGGGGCCAUCAUGCACCAACCAGAUCGUCCGUGAUUCUCCCAGAGUAGCAGCUGGGUCAGGGACCACUGGCCUUCUUGGACUUUCAGACCGCGCCCCAGGGAACAUUUUCUAUAAAGGGACUGAUAAUAAAUAUUUCCAGCUUUGAGGGCCACACAACUGUUCAACUCUGCUGCUGUAACCUGAAAGCAGCCACAGAUAUGAGCAUGGCUAGGUUCCAACAAAGCUUUAUUUAUGGACAUUGAAACUUGAACUUCAUGUAAUUUCCACAUGUCAUGAAAUAUUGUUCUUCUUUUGCUUUUUUUCCCACAAUUUAAAAAGGCAAAAAAAAAAAAAAAAUUUACACUGGAUCUCAAGGGGGUACCCUGAAUAGUUGAAACAGUCUUCCUGAUUUCAAAACAUAUUAUAUACAAAGCUACAGUAAUCAAAAUACUGUAGUACUGGGGGGCGCCUGGGUGGCUCAGUUCGGUUAAGCGUCCGACCUCGGCUCAGGUCAUGAUCUCAUGGUUCGUGAGUUCAAGACCCGCGUCCGGCUUGGUGCUGACAGCUCGGAGCCUGGAUCCUGCUUCGGAUUCUGUGUCUCCUUCUCUCUCUGCCCCUCCCCCGUUCCCACUCUGUCUCUGUCUCUCAAAAAUAAAUAAACACUGAAAAAAAUUUAAAAAAAACAACUGUAGUACUGGCAUAAAGAUAGACUUAAAGACCAACGGAACAGAAUAGAGCCCAAUAAACCCUCGCAUAUAUGAUCAAAUGAGCUUCAACAAGGGUACCAAGAACAUACAACAGGGCAAGGACAGUCUCAACAGAUGGUGGUGGGGAAACUGGAGAUCCAAACGCAAAAGACUGAAGUUAGACCUUACCUUAUGCCACCUAUAAAACUUAACUCCAAAUGGAUUAAAGGCCUAAAUGUAAGAUCUAAAACUAUAAAACUCCUAGAAGAAAACGCAGCGAAAAGUUUCGUGACAGUGAAUCUGGCAACGAUUUCCUGGAUGUGACACCAAAAGCACGGGUAACAGAAGCAAAAGUACACGAAUGGGACCACAGCCAACGAAGACUGCGCUCCGAAGGGAAGCCGCCUCUGCCGCUCAGGCACCCUGGCCCACACCCCUCGCCCCGGCACCUGCCUCGGCCUCGGUAAGGGGCUCCCCACAGUCAGCUGAAGGCUGCCCCAGAGAGUCCUAAACGCGACUGUCCAGACACUGGACUUCUCAGAAACAAGGCGUUCUCCUAUGAGGGAAUUUCAGUUUCUCUUUCCUUCUCGGCACAAGUCCAGGGAAGGGACCCGUCGGAUGCCCUUUCUCUGCGGCUCAGGCAGCCUAGCCCACACCCACGUGCUCACCUGCUUCAGCGCCUGGCUCCGCCUACUCAGGCCUUUUCAGGCCCAGUGGAGAUUGCAAUUUCCACUUGCCUUUUCACUUUACAUACAUCAGCUGGGAUUGCCCGGCGAGCCUGGCUAAAAGCGGAGCCAUGCGGCCGGGGAAGCAGUCGAGAUCGGGCCAUGGCUCCAGCUUGGGUUGUGGUGCUGGUGACCGUGGGGCUGGGCUUGACCAGCGCGGGCCCUGUCCCCACUUCCAGGCCCCCCCCAACCAGGAGGGGCUGCCACGUGGGCAAGUUCCCACCUCUGUCGCCGAGGGAGCUAGAAGCCUUCAAGAAGGCCAGGGACGCCUUAGAAGGGUCACUCCCGCCGAAGAACUGGAGCUGUGGCUCUCGCCUCUUCCCCAGGACCAGGGACCUGAUUCGACUGCAGGCCUGGGAGCGCCCUGCGGCCUUGGAGGCUGAACUAGACUUGACGCUGAAGGUCCUGGGGAACAUGACUGACUCAUCCCUGGGCGUCGUCCUGGACCAGCCCCUUCGUGUGCUGCGCCACAUCCACUCCGAGCUCCAGGCCUGUGUCCGGGCUCAGCCCACGGCAGGACCCAGACCCCGCGGCCGCCUGCACCACUGGCUGCACCGGCUCCAGAGGGCCCCAGAGGAGUCCCAGGGGUGCCUCGAGGCCUCCGUCACGUUCAACCUCUUCCGCCUCCUCACACGGGACCUGAAGUGUGUCACCAGUGGAGACCUGUGCGUCUGAAAACCUGGACCCGACCCCAGCCCGUCCGGGACCCAGACCUUCUGUAUGCACCAGGCCUCAUCCUUCCUUAAGUUAUUUCCUUUCAAUCCCUUAUUUAUGGACCUGCAGCCCCGCUCCAUAGCCAUAAGAAAUGUUUAUUUUUCUACUUUUGUGCAAUGUGCAGCAAAUAAACAGUAAGGAAGAGAGAAAAAAAAGAGCCAACUGCUCCGGAGAUGGAGAGAACAGAGGAACACGUUAAACAACAGUGGGAGCUGCAGUCGGCAAAGUGCAGACUCUAGCGAACUCUAAAGGACUAAAAAUCCAGCUUGACAAAAACAUUUCAAGGAAAAGAAAAGAGAAAGAUAGGGUCCCUAUACUCUACACGAACAGCUUUGAGGGUAACGGUGAUUUAAAGGUCUAUCCACGAAAUGCAAUGUGGAGACCUUAUUUGAGCCCUGAU